GCCUUCAACAAGGACUACCUUUACAUUACCUGCCAGUUGAAAAUACAUUCAUGAAAAACCAAAUGUGAUAUUAAAUGCAAAGUUGGCAAGUUUUGACAUUUGUGAAAGUACAGGUUUUACAAUUUGCACACUUUGUGGAUCAUAAAACGUUGUAUUUGCAUGAUAAGAUAUCUAAGGGAUAUUUGGUUUUUGUGUUAUCUAUGAAGUAAUUCGGAACACUGCGAAAAGUUUAGGAGUGAGACCAUUUUGUUUUGACAAACGAUAUUUGUUUGUCACAGUUUCAAAGUUCAAGAAGAUUAGAGUGUAAAAAAUAGUUAAAGGGAAAGUAAACCUCACCUGGAUUUUAGUGAAAAUCAGGAAUUAAUUACAUAGAAAUGGAUGCAGAAGGGGAAGUUCCACCAGUGCAAAAUGGGGACGCUCCUGAGAGCGACCAACCAAAACAAGAUGGACUGUUGAGUCAGGAUCAACAGGAGCUAUCAGAGCGAGUCGCUCACCUCGAGAAACGUGUGCGUGAACAAGAAAAUGAGAUUGUAUGCCUUAAAGGUGCUCUUGCAGACGUCCUGCGACGUCUUGGACAAGUUGAGACAUCCUCAAAAUCACAAAACAGUAUUCUGCCAUCAAGGCCAUUCAAAACGCCAGCUCCGCGAAGAACAGAGAGACCAAAGUCACAGGUGAUAGAAAGCUCAAACUUUACACCUCGCUCUAGUGCCCCUAGUUCAGCCAGACAAACACCCAGAGGGGCCUCAGCAAAUACAAUGAAAAAAUGGGGAUCAACAGAAGAUACUCAGAAAACACCAAGGCCACACAGCAGUUCACAGCUUAAUCACUCCAAAUACUAUAACUUGAGGAUGUAUAAGUUUGGGAAAAUCAGAAGGGCACCUGUUAAUCCCCACAUCAAACCACCAACAUGGGAUGAAGAGGACAGGUACAUCCGUAUGCACCUGAAGGGUCGUCCUGUUUGCUUGUAUGCUCCAUCAACACUUGAUUGUUACGAUGUGAAAGCAGCCCAGAAUCCGCCAGAACAUCAACUCAAGCUGGAAUGGGUUUAUGGAUACAGAGGGCGUGACUGUAGGUCAAACCUGUACACGGUGGCCACUGGAGAAGUGAUAUAUUUUAGCGCAGCUGUUGUAAUUCUGCAUAACUUUGAGGAGCAGACACAAAGGCACUACCUCGAACAUACUGAUGACAUCAAAUGUAUAGCCAUACAUCCAGAUCAAGUUAAAAUUGCAACAGGACAGGUUGCCGGUCAUGAAAAGAAAGAUGGAAAGCUUAUAUUCCCUGAAGGGAAGAAGCCACAUGUAAGGGUUUGGGAUUCAAUCAACCUGACCACCCUACAUAUACUUGGAGAGAGCGAGUUCCAGAGAGGUGUAUGCUGUGUCUCCUUCUCUAAAGUGGACAACGGGAAGUUUUUAUUGGCUGUUGAUGAAAGCAAUGAUCACUGUUUGUCUGUAUGGGAUGUCGACCGCGAAAAGAAAAUAACAGAGAGUAAGUCAUCAGGUGACCCUGUUACACAAUGUGAAUUUCAUCCAAGCGAAAACAGUAUCGUCUGCUGUGGAAAAUCACAGAUUUCUUUCUGGACACUGGAUGGUACAAAGCUGGACAAAAAGAUGGGAAUAUUCCAGAAAAAUGAGAAACCCAAGGUGGUGAUCUGUUUCUGCUUCACAAGUAAUGGCGAUGUUGUCUCUGGUGAUUCCAGCGGAAAUAUCUAUAUCUGGGAAAAAGGCUCAAACAAGAUCAGUAAGGCUAUAACAAAUGCACAUGAAGGUGGUGUGUUCAGUGUGUGUUCCACAGAUGAUGGAGAGAUUUUAUCAGGUGGUGGGAAGGAUAGGAAAAUAGUCCUGUGGGACAAAGAUUUCAAGAGAUGCGGAAACGAUGCAGAGAUUCCAGAGGAGUAUGGUGCAGUUCGUAUGAUAAGCCGUCAAGGGAGCAUGAUUCUAGUUGGUACCAUCAGAAACUGUAUACUACAGAAAAUAGAUCAGAGCUUUUUGCCAAUAGUUGAGGGUCAUAAGGAGGAGUUAUGGGGACUAGAUACACUGCCAAGCCAGCACCAGUUCUUGACAUGUGGGUCUGACAAAUAUAUCUACCUGUGGGAUGCACAGACACACUCGUGUGUUUGGAAAAAACAAAUUUCUGAAGAAGCUCAUUGCUGUAGCAUACAUCCUGAGCUGGAAGUUGCUGCUAUAGGUCUACAGACAGGAAAAUGGAUUGUGCUUGACCUGAGCACCCAUGAGGUUGUUGCUGUCUAUCAUGAUGGAAAAGAACAGCAUGAAUGCAUUCAAUAUUCACCAGAUGGUAAGAUGUUAGCUGUAGGUAACCGUGACAACUAUAUAUACAUGUAUGAUGUGUCGGAUGAUGGCAAAAAGUACCAUAAAAUUGGUCGAUGCUCGGGCCACAGUUCAUUCGUGACACAUCUCGAUUUUUCAAUGGAUGGGCAGUACUUGAGAAGUAAUUCCGGGGAUUAUGAAGUCCUUUAUUGGCACACAAAGACAUGCAAGCAGGAGACACAAAAAGAUGAUGUGAGAGAUCUAGAAUGGGCCACACAGAAUUGUACACUGUCAUUUGAUGCUGUUGGUGUUUGGCCUGAUGGAGCAGACGGUACAGAUGUAAACAACUGUUCUGUUUCUCACAACAAGAAGUUGCUUGUCAGUGCUGACGAUUACGGAAAAGUCAACUUGUAUGAAUAUCCUUCAAUACAGCCAGCCGCUACUGGUCACAUAUACCCAGGACACAGCAGUCACGUUACCAACGCAAGGUUCCUGUGUGACGAUAGUCGUGUUAUCAGUACAGGAGGUCGUGACAUGUCCGUCAUGCAGUGGCAGGUUUACGUCUAGAUUUUCGUUGUAUGAUUGUAUUAAGACAUCAAAUACAGAACAUUGUUGAAUUGUUGGAGAUAAUACGACUGUUUUAGCAUGCACAUGCACCUCUAUUAAUAGCUAGCAAGGUGUAUUACAAAAAAUGAGAUUUUUAGUAUACCUAAUAUUUCAUUACAUAAGAAUGUACACAUAUGUAAAUAAAUUACAUUUAUAGCAACACUGAGUAGCAUAUGAUACAAAGAUCCAGACAGAAUGUGUGAUAUACAGCAGAAACGUGUGAAUAUACUAUAGAAAAUAUUAAAUACUUGUACUUAUUUUCACCUGUUUUUUGUCUUCAUUUAUGGAACUUGUUAAAUCUAAUUUUUGCUGUGUAACACUCACAGUCUUACAUUGGCAUAUAGCACUUUCAAAUUGUAAUGUUUUGUUGGUUUUAUUUUUUUCUAUAAAGUUACUUUCAAAGUACGUACAGUUGAAACUUUAUAUCUCAAACUAGCUUGUCUUCAAAUUCCAGCUACCGGUAUCUUAAAGACAUUUUCAAGUCCCGACCUGAAAACAUGUGCGUAAAAUUAGGUAAAAUUUUGGUUAUCUGGAAGUAAAAUACAGGAUUCCUUGGAAUUCAAUAUGCCAAGUCUCAACUGUAGUUUCAAAUUAGUUUUAUAACAUAACAAUGUGAGUAUGUUAUGGUAAAAGGUUUUGUAGCUGAAAGACAUCAUGUCUGUCAUUUUCAUAUUUUCCCAAAGGGACGCUAUGUGAUAGUGCUGGACAGCCAUCUGUCUGUCUGUUUGUUCGUCUGUUAGCAAUUUCGUAUCCUCUCAAGAACUUAACGAUGCUUUGACCUUUGACUUUUGAUUCUCAAACUUGAUGUGCACAUUUCUGAUGGGCAGUGGAUAACCUCUGAUUACUUUGUGGACAGUGGAACAUUAUCACACACAUUACUUAUGAAUAGUGGAUGACCUUUAUUUUGAAGUCGGUGGGUCAAAGGUCAUGGUCACAGUGACAGUAACAUUUACCACGGACCACACUUGAUUUUUCAGGUUACAUAGACUAUAGUCAAAGCUUUCAAAGGUCAUGAUCACAUUUUUGUGACAGAUCUGAUAGACAUAUUUUGUGUUGGUUAUAGUCAUCUACAUGUCGAUUUGUAAUUUAGUUUCUGAUCAAUAACCGCUGAAGAUCUGACCUUUGACCCUCAAAUUUGAUAAGCACAUCGCUUCAUACCAAUAAUGCUCCACAUUGCAGUGGUCUUGUUUUUCAUUAAGAAACAUCAAGGCUUAUAUUACUUCUGUCAUAACACACUGAAAAGGUAACACGAAUAAGUUAAAUUUACUGUUAGUGUACAAAGUAUGUACUGGUAUAUGAAGGUAUAAUACUAAGUUCUUUAUGUAGAUAAACUUUAAUAAUUCCAUUAUAUAAACAUUUAUGCAAUGGCAACUUAUUAUUUUCAUACAUUUUGUAUUAUGCUUUAGUCAGAGGAAUAGUUUUGGGAUAUGGUAUUAAGGUAGAAAAUAAUGUCAAGAUAUUAUGAUUUACUGUAGAUAAAAUGCAGAAUUGUUGGCAAACUAAUGUAAUAUAUAAUAUAACUUCACAAAUUGAUUCUAAUUGAUGAAAAUGCUGUUUUAAAUUGUUCAUUUUCAUUGUUUCUUUCAUUGAUAAACAUAAUGACCAAUUUUUUGUGUGAGAUAUUUUGUGAUGAUUUAUCUUUUGAAUUAUAUCCCUAGAGCUUGUGACUUUUAUGUGAAAAAGGAGUUGCUUUUAAUUCAGAUUAAUUAAUUCUUGACAUCUUUUCAUUUCAUUUUUGUAAGCGUAUGGUAUUACAUGAUUUCAGUAGCUGUAUUUAACAAGCAUACAAACUGACAGUGUUUAUGUUGGAUGAACAGUUUGUAUAAAUUGUUAUAAUUAACAAUGAGGAGUUGACUUAAGAUGGUUAUUCUGUCAUAUAUAUAAGAUGAAUUUCUACAGACAAAUGCUAGUAGUGCUCAGUAAGUUGUGCAUUUACAGCAGACAGGGUAUAGUUUAUGUGUAAAACAACAAAUACAUGUAAGUGACUCUAUGGUAUUAUGUUUGUACUUGAUUAUUAUAGAUAGUGAACGAAAUAUGUGUGGAUUUUAUUUCUUUUGUUUUUAAAUGACUUUGGGAGGAAGAAGAGGGGACCACUUGUUACCAGAAAAGCUGAAGCUGUACCAGAUCCCUGUUUUAUUUAUCUUCUAAAUUCAAAAAAGUAACUUCUAAAGAAAACACCAUUAAAAACAUUGUAUUCAAAUUUUAUACUGAUUGUAUUUGACCAAUAACAGUUACUGUGAAGCAGGCUUACAUAGAGAUGAUGCAUUUAAAGAACUUUUAACUGUUUAUUUGUUUGUGUUUUGUUCUACUUUGACAUAAUUAUAUUCUAAAUUGUAUACUAGAACACACAAUGACAUAUAUGCACAGUCUUCACACAGUGGCAUGCAUGUACAGCUUCACACAAUAACAUAAUAUGCACUGUCUUUACACAGUGACAUAUAUUUUCAGUUUCUACACAGUGACAUAUAUACAUAUAUUGACUAGUAGAACACACAGUGAGGGACAUGUAUAAUCCUCACACUUGUAUGAAUGCUUUAGGAAGUUAUCAUAAUAUUUUAUGUGUACAUUUUCUAAAAGUUAAAUUAAUAAAUAGUAGUAUAGAUAGGAACAAAAUUGCAAAGCAAAAUAAAAUAUUGAAGAAAAUGGACCUGUAACGACAAUUGACGAAUUACUUGCAUUUAAUUUUGGCAUGCUCUGGUUGCAUAAUGAGAGUAUGUAAUCAUUUAGAAAUUGCCAAGAGUCAUUACAGGUCCACUACCUUUAAGGUAAAAAAAAAUGACAAGCUUUGCUUCACUUUCUAUAGAAAAUUUAUAUAAGAAAAAUUACCAUAAAUCUAGUUAAAGUCAUAUGUAAAACACACAAAAGCAGAAAGUUCCAUACUUGAGUAGUUAUAUAACAGUUUCAAUAGAAUUUCACAUUGAAACAUCAACUUUGUUUUGUUUAAGAUUUUUACUCAAAAAAUUGAUCAACAAGGAUUUGCAGGCAAGGGAGAUUGUUAUUGCUAUUUGAAAAGCAUAUACAGAUAUUUAAAUUUAUAAUAUUUUCAAUAUCUAGGUGUUGUGUUUUUUUUAUAUGUUUCUACCUGCAAUCUAUAUAUAUAUACUAUAUUUUCUCUAUAAGUUUAAACCAUGUUACUGUUUUGUAAUACAUUAUUGUUGCAUGUAUUGUAAAUUUCUCUAGGAAAAUAAAUUCUCUAUAUAAAAGAAAA